AUGAGCCAGAAGGUUCUAGUGACACGGAGGCAUAUUGCUGAAUUGAAGCAGAGAGCGGCACAGUUGGAGAAUCAUACGAGUGACCUUCACACGAUAGGAUUGGCUCCCGACAAUAGCUCAGCUUCUUGUGAACGUCCUCCGGAAAGCAUACCGGAUAACUACCAUACUCCCCCAGAAGGCGAUUAUCCUGAAUCCGAAUUGGUGAAUCCACUUGUCUCUGGGCCACCUGCCUUUAUGUCACCGGGCAAUGGAAGAACUUAUUAUUUAGGGACAUCCUCAAAUUGGUCCUUCGCUCGACGCGUACUCAGUGCGGUUCAUGAACAUGCUCAUAAAGAAUCCUUACCAACAGAGGCGCUGGUGUUCGAGGGAACUGCAUAUGACCUGGGCUGGGACGGAUCCCGAACUGAUCCGAGUCCAGAAAGCCCUGUCAUUCCAACACUUGACCAUGCCAUAUUCCUGAUCAAUGCCGUCAAGUUUCGCUGUGGGCAGUUAUACCACUUGUUUGAUGACAGUGACUUUAUGAAAUCACUCUAUAGUUUCUACUCGGAAGGUCAGAGGACAAGACCGAGAGGCCUAUGGUACAUCCACUUUCUUAUCAUUCUGGCUUUCGGAAAAAUGUUCACACAUGUGAAGUACCUUAAGGGAAAGCCCCCUGGUAUCAGCCUCUUUGUCAAAGCUUUGCAAAUUCUACCAGAUCACACCCUCCUUUACUCCUCACCGAUGGUAUCGACCGAGAUUCUAUGCUGUAUUGCCAUUUUCUACCAAGCCCUCGACUGUCGAACUGCCUCUCAUAACUAUGUGGGUCAAGCGAUGCGAAUGGCCAUGGCUCAUGGCAUGCACACCUGUAUGCCCGUCACGGAACUGGGACGGCAUAGUGUUGAGAGGUGCCGGAAGAUCUGGUGGACUGUCUAUAUUUUGGACAGACACAUGACCUCUAUUCAGGGGCUUCCCCAGUCUGUCGACGACCGCUUCAUUCAAGCCAGGUUGCCCUCUCCUGAGGGCUCUGAAAAUAUGACAAACUUAGACAUGCACAUUAAAUUAUGCCGGAGCAUAGCUGAUAUCAAUGCCACAGUAUAUGCCACUGAUGGCAGACUUAACCGAACCUUUUUAUUGAACAUCAAAGGAGCAUUGUCCAACCUAGCAGGACUGGCAGAUGACCUCAACAAAUCAUUCCCGCUGCGUCUAGAAGCAACAGACAGUGGUCUCUCUCGAGUAGCAGCAUAUUUGCACCUAUUUUACCAACAAGUGGGUUCAUCUUCCUAG